GGGUCACAUUUCAGAGAAACCCAGCGAGCGGUGGUUUGCGAAUGCCAGAGCUCUUGCUGGAUGCUGCGGCCUCUUCUUUCCCAAAAUUGACACAACCCUCGCUCAACAGAGAUUAUUUUCCCUCUUUUUUCCCUUCCUGCUCCCCAGCUGCUGUCGGGAAGCCCCCAAAGCUGCCGUGCUCCUCAGCAGAGCAGGGGAGCGCUGUCAGCUUCUUCCCUGUUGGCCCAGCAGCCUCCACAGCGCGCGAGCCAUCGCGGCGAGUACGGGGGGAGAUGCCGGACGCCGCCGCCCACCUGCCCUUCUACUACGGCAGCAUCGCGCGCUCGGAGGCCGAGGAGCACCUGAAGCUGGGGGGGAUGGCGGACGGGCUGUUCCUGCUGCGGCAGUGCCUGCGCAGCCUGGGCGGCUACGUGCUGUCCAUGGUGUGCGACCUGCAGUUCUACCACUACCCCAUCGAGCGCCAGCUCAACGGCACCUACGCCAUCCUGGGGGGCAAGGCGCACUGCGGCCCCGAGGAGCUCUGCGAGUUCUACUCCAAGGAUGCCGACGGGCUCUGCUGCCCCCUGCGCAAGCCCUGCAACCGCCCCAGCGGGGUGGAGCCCCAGCCCGGCGUCUUCGACAGCAUGAGGGACAACAUGGUGCGGGAAUACGUGCGGCAGACCUGGAAACUGGAGGGGGAUGCCCUGGAACAGGCCAUCAUCAGCCAGGCUCCCCAGGUGGAGAAGCUCGUGGCCACCACAGCCCAUGAGAGGAUGCCCUGGUACCACGGCAAUAUCAGCCGGGAGGAGGCGGAACGGAGGCUCUACUCGGGGGCACAGCCUGAUGGGAAAUUCCUGCUGAGAGAAAAGAAGGAGAACCGUGCCUACGCCCUGUCCCUCGUCUAUGGCAAGACCGUGUAUCACUACCGCGUGGAUCACGAUAAAUCUGGGAAAUAUUCCAUUCCUGAGGGCACCAAAUUCGACACACUCUGGCAGUUGGUGGAGUACCUAAAACUCAAACCAGAUGGGCUGAUUUUCUACCUGAGGGAAGCCUGCCCCAACCCCAAUAUGCCAGCCUCUGCAGCACCAGUUCCACCCACCCACCCCUCCGUGAGCAGAAACCUGGGCCCUCUCAAUGCAGAUGGAUACACCCCAGACCCUGUCGGGGCAGGAAAAUCCCGGCUGCUGCCCAUGGACACCAGCGUCUAUGAGAGCCCCUACAGCGACCCCGAGGAGCUGAAGGACAAGAAGCUGUUCCUGAAGAGGGACCACCUGAUGAUUGAUGAGGUGGAGCUGGGCGCAGGAAACUUUGGCUGUGUCAAGAAGGGAGUUUACAAAAUGAGGAAGAAGCAGAUUGACGUGGCCAUCAAGGUGCUGAAGAGCAACAACGAGAAGACAGUGAAGGAUGAGAUGAUGAAGGAAGCACAGAUCAUGCACCAGCUGGACAACCCCUACAUUGUGAGAAUGAUUGGGGUGUGCGAGGCCGAGUCGCUGAUGCUCGUGAUGGAGAUGGCUUCUGGAGGGCCCCUCAACAGGUUCUUGGCUUCCAAGAAGGAUGAGAUUACAAUGAGCAACAUCGUGGAGCUGAUGCACCAGGUGUCCAUGGGCAUGAAGUACCUGGAGGAGAAGAAUUUUGUCCACAGGGACCUGGCAGCCAGGAAUGUCCUGCUGGUCAACCAGCACUAUGCCAAGAUCAGUGAUUUUGGGCUCUCCAAGGCUCUGGGAGCUGAUGACAGCUACUACAAGGCCAGGACAGCAGGGAAGUGGCCCUUGAAGUGGUACGCCCCCGAGUGCAUCCUCUUCCACAAGUUCUCCAGCAAGAGCGACGUCUGGAGCUAUGGUGUGACCAUGUGGGAGGCCUUCAGCUUCGGGCAGAAACCCUACAAGAAAAUGAAGGGCCCUGAGGUGAUCAGCUUCAUAGAGCAGGGCAAGCGCAUGGACUGUCCCCAGGAGUGCCCAGCAGAGAUGUACGCCCUGAUGCAGCAGUGCUGGACAUACAGAUGGGAAGAACGUCCAGGGUUUGUGGCUGUGGAAAACACCAUCCGCUCCUACUACUACAGCAUUGCUGCCAAGCCCGAAAAUGGGCCAGACACAGGGGACAGGGCCAAAGCAGCUCUUCCUUGAGACUCCUCCUCCUCUCCUCCACCUGCCCUGAAUGGACCUGGAAAGGCUCUUUGUGAAAUUUUGCUUUAACCUUCCAAACGGUCCUCAGCAGCUGUGGAACUGAAGGUGAGGAGGACGUUGGUGUCCCCACAGACAGGGACACUCAGCUGUGCCCCUCAGCUCCUCCAGCCUGACCCAGCCCAGGAGCACAGACUGUCAGAGUCCUUCCCGCCCAAUUCCAAAGCUGUCCCAGGACCCCAGAGCUUUGUGCCUCCCAGGCUCACUGAGGAUGAACUGUGUUGGCUCCAGAAAAUCUGGAUUUUUCCAGAUGCCUUAACAAAUCAUGCUUUCCCAGGAAACCACCAAGUGCACGUUUCUGGUGGGGUUUGCACAGGGUGGGACACAGCACAGGGAGCCACCUGUGGUGGCCUUUUCCCCUUGAAUUAGGGCAAGAAGCAGCUGGUUUGCAACUGGGAUGGGGAGGAGCACUGGGACAGAGCUGGUCCCACUGGAUUGUACCCCUGCACCCCUGGCCAGCACAGAGCAGGUGUCACCCAGCCCUCCACGGUGGCUCCCAAACAAUUCCAGGACCAAUCCCUCAGCUCCUGGAUCCCACCUGGCCCCUCUGUGCUGAUGAAAUGUUGUUUUUCAAGCUUAAAAACUGGUCAGCCUAUAAAUAAACUAUUCCAUGUUCUGAACAUCCCAUGGCUUGGAUCAUUGAACUUUGAGAAAUGCUGGCAACUGCUUCAGGCUUGUUACCAAAAAUCCCCCAAACCCACCGGGAUAAGAGAACCCUCCAAUGCUGCAUUUUUAGUCUUAGAAAAUUGUUUUAUUCUCAGCUCUGGGUGUGGAUGGGGCUGACAAAAUCCCAGCCUCCACACAGCCCCCAAUCCAAAACCUCCUCACCUUUUUAUACAUUUUUAGCAAACAAAGCAGUGAAUGUUCAUUGCAGCAUAGCAAGGUUAGCUCAACAAACGUUACAGUUUUAGUAAUUUUUCCAGCCUGUGUUCCCGCAAGAGGAGCUUUGCCAUAUGCUAAGAGUAAUUUAGGAACAAAACAAUGUCUAUAAUUAAUAUAUUGGCUAUGAAUGACUAACUAAAGCUUAUUUUAAUAAUUUUAUCAUUUCCAACAGGCUGACAAGAAAAUAAAUGUAAUUUCCCUCUAUUAAGCCAGGAUUUCCCUCCUUGAUGCUCCCCUUGCCUAAUCUGGCAAUCUUUGGGCUGGUUUUGCUGCACAGCUGGAAGGUUUUUUGCAUGUUUUCUUGCAAAAGAAAAAUUGCUCAGCUGGGUCUGCAGUGGUUUCCAGCUGCCCCCAGUGCAGGGGAUCACCCGUGGUGGUGGCUGUGCUGCAGAGGACAGAGAGGCUGUGAAGGCUGGGACAGCAGAGGAAGGAGGAGGUGGGAGCCCUGUGAUGCUGUGAACACAAGAAUUUAUCUCUCACCAUCUCCUGGUAGCUAAAGCCACAGAGCAGCUCUCCCCCAGCACCUUGUCCUGGGGGAAAACAAACAGCCUCAGGCCAGGGCCUAGCCAAAAGCCUCGGUGAGAGUGGGAUUUGGGCUGGAAAAAAAAAUUCUCGGGAGCAUUUAGAUAAUUAACCUUAUCAACAUCUGAAUUAACCUCUGUCUCAGCAGUCACUGAGCCAGGUUUGGUACAAAAAAGUCUUAAAUUUCCUUGCUUAGGUAGAAGACUCCAGAGACACCAACUCUCCACGUGGCAUUUUCUGUCUCAACCCCAUCCCCUUGCCCAGAAUGUUGAACUCUGGAUAUAUUAUCCCUCCCAGCAGAGAGGAGAACAGGGAUCCAGGAGAACCUGCCUUGUUCCUGUUUGUUCAGUCACUCAGUGCAGAGACAGGAAAAAAUUCUCCUCUCUGUCAUGUUUUCCUCCCAGAGAGCAGCUCUUUAGCUGGAAAAGAGAAGGCUCAAUGUGUUUGCUACUUGAAAGGCACUGCCAAAACAUUUUGUUUAGACUUUGUUUUCCAAGCAGAUCCAUUUUCU